AUGGAAGAUAAUACAGAAAUAAUUACGGGUGAUAUCCCUGAAGUCGAAGGUUGUAUGCGUCUGCAGCCUGAAGAAUUUGUGUCCAGUCGUCAAAAAAUAAUUAUUGUUAAUAUUUACAAGGAUAUCAUUUCUAAUACACCAGACAUAAAAUAUUUGGAUAUUAUUAAGCGUAUUAGAGAGUUAACUGGUUUGGGACGAGACACCGUAAAGAAUACUAUCAGUCAGUACAAAACCACAAAAACAGUAUCUUCUCCCAACAGGAGAAGAGCAAAGGCUUCACUGUUUGACAAAAUUGAUGAUCUGGACCGCACAGGAUUACGUCGGACAAUCCAUUCUAUUUGGUUAAAGCGUGAACUACCAACCAUAGACCGAAUUUUAUUUGAUGUCAACGCGGAUCCGUCGCUUCCAAAUUUUAAAAGAACAUCUUUGUAUCGUGUCAUCAAAAAAUUGGAUUUUGUUUUUACAAAAAGAAAAAGAUGCAGUGUUCUGACCGAGAGGGAAGACCUUAUCGUUUGGCGUCGUAAGUAUUUAUACGACAUUCGAAAAUACAGAGAAGAAGGUCGAACUAUAUACUAUCUGGACGAGACUUGGUUGAACGCCGGCGAUUGUGUCGAUCGUGUUUGGAAGGACAAUACGGUUCUCUCCAAACACGAUGCAUUUAACAAAGGCCUCACGACCGGUCCACAAAACCCGUCCGGUAAAGGUAAGCGGCUCAUUAUACUACAUAUUGGGUCGGAGAAUGGUUUUCUGCCAGGUGGCCUGCUGUGUUUCAUUUCAAAAAAAAAUACCGGCGAUUAUCAUGACGAGAUGAAUGGAGAUAACUUCAAAGAGUGGUUCGAAAACAUUCUCCCUGUACUCGACCCAAAUUCCAUUAUCGUCAUGGACAAUGCGCCGUACCAUUCGGUAGAAAUGGAAAAAUAUCCAAAUGCCAGUUGGAAAAAAGCAGUUAUAUUGGAGUGGCUCAUUUCCAAGAAUGUCGAUUGCGAACGACCGUUGUCGUCGUUAUUGAAGCCCGAACUUCUGGCGAUAUCAAGACAAAUGCGACCUCAAUUCAAAUCGUAUGUAAUCGACAACUUGGCCAAGGACAAAGGACACACCGUACUCCGAUUACCACCGUACCAUUGUGAAUUCAAUCCAAUUGAAUUGGCAUGGGCGAUGGUAAAAGGAUACGUGAAGCAGAACAACACCACUUUCAAAAUCGACGAUGUUCGCCAACUACUAAAUACAGCUAUUGAAAGGGUUACUCCUCAAAAUUGGAAAAAUUUCAUAAAACACGUCAUUGAAGAAGAGUGCCGAAUAUGGAAAGCGGACGAUAUCAUGGAUGAUAUGAUAGAUUCUUUGGAACCUUGUAUUAUGACGUUAACAGGAGAAACAACCUCAUCAGAUUCUUCGGAGUAA